GAGGAAAGCAGCCAGCGAUGGAGGGGAUAAAGCAGCUGAAAAUCGAAGUACUCGAGCAGCCGCCUUCGGCGGCGGAGUUCGCAUCGAUAAUUGAAUCGAGGAACGUCCCGGCGGUGUUCACUGGCUGCGUUAAGAACUGGAGAGCUUUCGGAAAAUGGGAUCCUGCUAAUGGAGGCCUCGACUACCUGCAGGAGCGAGUAGGAUCAGCAAAUGUGGAGGCUAUGUUGUCUAGAUCAGCACCUGUCUUUUACGGCGAUCUUAGAAGCCAUGAGAGGGUUCCUGUACCCUUUUCGACCUUCAUUGACUUCUGCAAACCACGUGCACAAAACACUGAUGAUGCACGACAUACUGCCUCUAUUCCUCUACAAGGGGAUGAGCUUCCAGUCUCUAAUGCAAACCAGGAACGUGUACUUUCAGAGAGUAUGUCUCACCAAGUAUACUUAGCACAGGUGUCGAUUAUGAAUUCCGAGGACAAGAACAAGGUUCAACUGGAAGCUCUCAGGGAGGACAUUCAAGUGCCUCCAUUUCUGGAGACGAAAGAAUUGAUGUCUAUCAAUCUGUGGAUGAACAAUUCUGAAGCUAGAUCAAGUACUCACUAUGAUCCACAUCACAAUGUUCUGUGUGUAAUUUCUGGCCGCAAAAAAGUUACUUUAUGGUCUCCUUCUGCAUCUCCUUCUCUAUAUCCAAUGCCUAUAUACGGGGAAGCCUCAAACCACAGUUCUGUUGCUCUGGAAGACCCUGAUUUUUCAUUGUAUCCUAGAGCACAAUACUCAAUGGAUUAUGGUCAGGAGGUUUUUCUUUCCGCAGGUGAUGCUAUCUUCAUUCCUGAAGGCUGGUUUCACCAAGUGGAUAGCGAUAAUUUGACUAUUGCAAUUAACUUUUGGUGGCAGUCCAACAUAAUGUAUAGCAUGUUAGAACACAUGGAUGCAUACUAUUUGCGCAGAAUACUGAGAAGAUUGACGGAGAAAGAGAUGAACCAAGUUCUAGAUGAGGCUGCACUUAAGGGCACUGGGAAACCGAUAAGAUGCACUUCUGAGCUGCUGGGCGAUGAGAAAGCAGAAUGGAGUCACUUAAAUUUGGAACAGACGGGUCAGAGACAGGAGUUACCACUGAAGGACCAGCAGCAAGAUAUUAAACAAAAUCAGUUGGAACCUUUCGCACUACAGGCCCUUCAUGAACUUGUUUCGUUAGUACAUGACCAUGUCAACCUUGAUCAAAGUCAAGACAACAAAACAGUGACUGCUAACCUGUAUUUCCUAGAGGAUGAUCGGGUUGCUAAAAUAAUUUGGAGUCUUGAUCCACAAACUCUCCAAAAUGUUCUCCUUGCAAUGGUGCAUAGUUUCCCUAGAACCUUGGAGGCUCUAGUACUGCACUUGCUUUCACCAGUGGGAGCUGAAGUGCUUACAAGGAAGUUUGACGAAAUUGAUCAGCAAUCCACAGAAGAACACCGAAACAAAUUCUACCAGAAAUUCUAUAGUGCCUUUGAUGACCAAUUUGGUGCGAUGGAUGCAAUACUUAAUCAGAAAGAAUCAUUUGCCCUCCAGGCAUUCAAGGAAACGUUGGAGAAGUACAUUGGGGUUGUUCCUAAUUCGCUAAAACCGUCGGUUGGAUAAGCCCCGCGGCCAAAGAUGCAGACUGCAAAGGUCAGUGGCGAAUCUGAGGGCCACGUGAUAUCAACACAAAGAAGAGUCAAUGGAGGCAUUACGGUAUCACGAGCUGGCUGGCUGGCUGGCUAGCUUUCUGUCUAAAUCGGUACUUUCAUUUCAUGUGAGUCAUCCACAAAUUUUUUUUUUUUUUUUUUUGGGACAAACAUACAAUGAUUGCCAUCUCUGAAUCGUUGCCUUGCUUUUAUUUUCGUAGCUGUCAGAGAUGCCAUAUUAUCAUACCAUCCAAGUUAUUCGGCUUUGAAAUUUUGUUUGCGCUGUACCGAUUCCUGUGCACAUUUAUGUUUAAUGCGAGAAGAUCUCUUCUUGUAGCUUUGUAGACCCUAAUUAGGAGUUCAUCAUGCUUGCUAAGGCAUAGAAUUCGAACUAUGUACGAGCGAGCAGCAUCAUGAAGCAAUGCAGGAUGGUGCCUUGAAGCUAACCCUUUGUCGAUUAGGUAUGUAUUAAGUAUUAACUUAAGUUUAGUAAAGGAAAGGAGGUGGUGAUAUGAUAUGAUGUAGGAGAUGCAACUUUUCAAAGGUGCAGUUAUGUGGUGGAAGAAGCAGAGGAGAGGAAGAGAAGGAUUCUGUCUCUUUUGGUUUCCUUUAUUCUUGAAUUGAAUUAGGGUGAAGCUGAUACUCAUGAGGCCUGUGGAAAAGAAAAAAAGGGGUAAGGA